GUGCGAGGGGUAUCUAUGUUAAAAACUCAACUUUUUAACAGCUCCAAAAUAAAGUUAAGAGUACAUGCAUAUUUCAGCAGAAUCCGUAGCCGACUCAUUUUUAUUCAUGCUCACUCCGGAUUUUAGGAGAUGUUUGGCCACCGCGCAGAAAUCACCGUGUAGGAGAAAUAUCGCAUCCCCUCAGCGGCUUUUAACAGAUCUCCAUGACAACAAUUUGCAAUGGUGAAGAAUUCGAUAGCAGGGCGCUUGGAGGCUGAUUGGGGUGCAUUGUGAGGGGCCUGGGGUCGCUGAUUGGUUCAAGGAAAGCACCAUAACUACAACGAGUUUAUAUUCAUUCAACUUGUUGAAGUGCUCCUACUGCAGCCUGGAGAGAAGUCUGUGCUUGGACUGCGGCUUCAGAGUCUGGAUCCAACCGGCAGUGACCUUGAUGGUGGGCGACCAGCUCUAACAUGGACUGAUUUAAGAAAGUCUUGGCAAAAAUGGCAAAUGCAGACAGCGAGGUCAAAACGCUGCUGAAUUUUGUAAAUUUGGCAUCCAGUGACAUCAAGGCGGCCCUGGAUAAGUCAGCUCCGUGCAGACGCUCCGUGGAUCACAGGAAAUAUCUGCAGAAACAACUGAAGCGGUUUUCGCAGAAGUACUCUAGGGUGCCAAGAUGCCACACGCACAGGCCCGCGGAAUAUGGAUGCGGAAGACCGGUGGGGACAGGUCACCAAAGUGUGAAGGUCGCAGAAAAAGCCAGCUCGGAUGCGCAAGAUGUGGAGAAUGUGGGGAGCGCAGUGGAGCAGGUGCCUAUGAGGAAACGCCAGCUACCAGCCUCAUUCUGGGAGGAACCCAAGCUGACCCAAACUAAGAGGGAGCACUCUCAUUUAGCAUUGAAAAGGAGCCCUGCGUCCACAUCUGAGGGCGGUGAAAAUGAAAAGAGAAAAAGGAAUUAUGGUAAUGAUGCAAAGGCCACACUGUCUGCGUCCAGUCGGCGCAGCUCUGCGGACAAAGAGACGCUUAAAUUGGACCUGACCUCUCACCACUGUGUGAGUGUGUGCGGCUGUUGCCCCUUCCAGUACCACGGACACCAGGUCCUCCACAGUCACAUUGUUGUCCCCCAUCCGCCUGUGGGACUGUGGGGCAAGACAGCAGGGACUGAGUCAGAGAGACCUGAGCAUCCUUAUGGACAGAAAAUUCACACACAUGUUGUGGUCAAACCCAUACCGACCAAACCCACCGUCCAGUCACCCAUCUUCAGCGUGUUUGGAUUCAUUUAAUUACUCACACUUAAAAUAAAUGUAUAUAGGACUAAUUACUUUCAUUUUGUGUUUCUGCACAGCCUCUUUCUCUUUCAGCAUUUGAACAUGAGACUCUUUCUCAAGCACUUAUUGGAAUGCUUCAUCUAUUUUUAUUGUUUAAAUCUAAAGGACUAAAUUGCACUUGCAGAAUAACUUCCUCAGCUUCACUUUGAUGCCAGUCUGAUGUCACCAAGUAUCUGAAAAUUGACAGUAAGUUAAAAGGUUUCUACUUUUAGGUUUCUACAGAUACUGCCUGUUCUUUGUAAGGUAGGAAGAAGCCAUGCAAAUGCAUUAAAGCAUCCUGUUUUAGUUUCCUCUUUCAACUAUGAGAAUAGAAUGUGGGGCAUAGAUUUUGCUUUUUGUUUGUCAUAGGCACAUUUGAAACAAUUGCUUUUAUUUUUAAAUAAAUGAUUCAACUUCCUUCAAGAAA